AUGGCUGAAUGGCAGUAUAACCACUGUUAUUUUAGUGAGAAGGCCAUGAAUACAGGGACCAGUAGAGGGGUCACAUCCGGGGGCCGCCCCGGGAACUCACCCCCCUCCCCCGGCGCCCCUCCCCUGCGGCACCACGCUUCCUGUCAAAACAAACCCUUGGGGGAGGGGACGGCCCAGGCUAAGCCCAGCGCCCAGGAAACCCAGGCGACAAACCCCAAACACAGCGAGCGACCCCGCCGGGCUCCACCGUGGUUCGAUUCCCCCGGGCCCCCCCCGACUCCAGGAGGACUGGGGUGCGGAGGUGGUGCCUCCCCCGGCCCCCCACCCCCGGGGGCCCCCGACAGCCGGCCGCAGCUCGCGGCGCUGUCGCUGGCACCCGCCCAGCGGGAGGUAAACAGCGGCCCAGCGGCCCCGGCGCCGACCCCGCCGCCCCGGGGACCCUCAGCCCGCGUCCCCUUCGACACCUGCCGCGACCCCUCAGUGUCCGCGUCCCGCUCCCACGCGGGACCGCGAUUCGAGGUCAGACAAGGGGACCGAACGUCCUCCGCCGGCCCGCGCCGCCUCGGCCGGGCGCUCCACCUCCUCUUCUACCUCGCCCCGGUGGCCGCCGUCGCCUUCUCCGGCUGGUGCGUCCACCACGUCCUGGACAAGGUCCAGCAGGUCCAGAGCAGCCACCAGGACUUCUCCCGGCAGCGGGAGGAGCUGAGCCAGGGCUUGCAGGGCGUCGAGCAGAAGGUGCAGUCUCUGCAAGCCACGUUUGGGACCUUCGAGUCCAUCUUGAGAAGCUCCCAGCAUAAGCAGGACCUCACGGAGAAGGUGGUGAAGCAAGGAGAGAGUGAGAUCAACCGCAUCAGUGAAGUCCUGCAGAAGCUGCAGAACGAGAUCCUCAAAGACCUCUCGGACGGCAUCCAUGUGGUCAAAGAUGCCCGAGAGCGGGACUUCACGUCCCUGGAGAACACGGUGGAAGAGCGGCUGACGGAGCUCACCAAGUCCAUCAAUGACAACAUCGCCAUCUUCACUGAAGUCCAGAAGAGGAGCCAGAAGGAAAUUAAUGACGUCAAGGCAAAGGUCGCCUCUCUAGAAGAAUCCAAGGGGCACAAACAGGAGCUGAAGGCCCUAAAGGAAGAGGUGGAGAAGAUCCAGACCUCUGUGAAGUCCAGGGACCGGGACAUGGAGGCCCUGAGGAGCUCGCUGCAGACAAUGGAGUCUGACAUCUACACAGAGGUGCGGGAACUGGUGAGUCUCAAGCAGGAGCAGCAGGCAUUCAAGGAGGUGGCGGACACAGAGCGUGCAGCCCUGCAGGCCCUUUCUGAGAAACUCCUCCAAGCUGAGGAGUCUACCUCCCGCCUCCCCCAGGAGAUCAGGAGGCUGGAAGAAGAGCUACGCCAGCUGAAGGCCGAGGCUCAGAGGCCCCAGGAAGAUGGUGAUUUGCAAAGCUUCAAUGCCUUAGAUGCUCUCCAGAAGAAGAAUCAGGGACUGGACUCCAGGCUCCAGAGUGUAGAGGACGGAGUCCAUUCAGUUCAGGUGGCCUCUGCACGCCAGACCGAGAGCCUAGAAUCACUCCUGUCUAAGAGCCAGGAGCACGAACAACGGCUGGCUAUGCUCCAGGGACACCUAGAAGGCCUGGGGUCCUCCCCUGGGGCAGACAAGGAUGCCCUGGCUGGCACGGUGCGGAGCCUGGGGGAGGCCCAGCUGGCCCUCUACAGUGACGUGGAGGACCUGAAGAGAAGUGUGGGCGAGCUACCCAGCACCAUGGAGUCGCUGCAGAAAGUCCAGGAGCAGGUGCACACGCUGCUCGGCCAGGCCCAGGCCGCCCAUCUGCCUCCUCAGGAGUUCCUGGACAAACUUGCUUCUCUAGACAACCUGAAAUCCUCAGUGAGUCAAGUGGAGUCAGACUUGAAGAUGCUCAGGACUGCCGUGGACAGUUUGGUCGCUUACUCAGUCAAAAUCGAAACCAACGAGAACAAUCUAGAGUCAGUCAAGGGUUUGCUAGAUGACCUGAGGAAUGAUCUAGAUCGGUUGUUUGUAAAAGUUGAAAAGAUUCACGAGAAGAUCUAAAUGGACUGUGUGUGUGCAAGGCGCGUCCCAUUUCUCAUGACCAAAAAAAAAAA